AUGAACCGGAGUUUCAACAAAUCUCAGACUCUGCGGUAUCUGGAGUGCAGCGCGGUGGAAGUGAAGAGUAAGUUUGGGGCAGAGUUCAGAAGGUUCUCUCUGGAUCGCUACAAGCCAGGAAAGUUUGAAGACUUCUACAAACUAAUUCUUCACAUCCAUCACAUAGCCAACCUGGAAGUGAUGAUCGGAUAUGCUGAUGUGCAUGGAGACCUUCUCCCUAUUAACAAUGAUGACAACUUCUUCAAGGCUGUUUCAAGUGCUCAUCCACUGCUCAGGGUUUUUAUCCAAAGACAAGAUGAAGUGGACUACAGCAAUUUUGGGACCAAUACGCUGUCGAGGAAGAAGAAGGCUCUGGUGACACUGCGCAAUGACAACCUCCGCCGGCGUCCCCACAUCAACAUUAGCAUGCCUCAUGAUUUUAGGCCGGUGUCUUCCAUAAUUGAUGUGGACAUUCUCCCCGAAACACACAGGAGAGUGAGGCUGUAUCGACACGGGUGUGAGAAACCCUUGGGGUUUUACAUUCGCGAUGGCACCAGUGUAAGGGUGACUCCUCACGGACUGGAAAAAGUUCCCGGUAUCUUCAUCUCCCGUAUGGUUCCUGGUGGCUUGGCAGAGAGCACAGGCUUGCUGGCCGUGAAUGACGAAGUCCUGGAAGUCAAUGGCAUUGAAGUAGCAGGAAAGACUCUUGACCAGGUCACAGACAUGAUGAUUGCCAACAGCCAUAAUCUCAUCAUCACGGUCAAGCCAGCAAACCAGAGGAACAAUAUUAUUCGGAGCAGUAGGAUGUCUGGUAGCUCUGGCCAGUCUACAGACAGCACUGCGAGUCACCAUAGCUUGCCUACACCCCACGUGCUGCAGAACUUCCACCCUGAUGAAAUGGAGAGUGAUGAAGAGGCUGACAUUGUCAUCGAGGGUGGUCUGGAGCCACAACACAUUCCUAAACUGCACAGCCUUACUUCCACUAGCCUCUCUCGAAUCAAUGGCAGCAGCCUUAGCCACAGACUUCAAAGGGACCUGGUGCUCAACAACAGCUCUGGCCGAGAAAGCAACGGCAACCUCCACAAAUUACUCAGUUCCUUAAAAACUGAUCCCCGACACAGUCUGGUUAUCCCCAGAGGAGGUAUCGAGGAGGACGGAACAGUCAUUACACUUUAGUAGCAAUUUCUGCAAUUCUCCUUACAGUCUUAAGUGCCAAUUGGGACAAUCGACUUGGGCAACACAUGCACAAAACAGGGAGCUGACAUUCUCACAGACCUCAUGGCUGCAGAAAAUUGUUGCUUUCUAGGAAACGUGGCAUCUGGAGUUAGACGUAAAACUGUCAUGCACUGCAAAAUUUGCCAGGAGAAAGCCUGAGUGCAAAACCUGGUUUAUGUCCCAGCCCUGAAGUGAGAACACAAAUUUGUUUUAGUUGGUAUAAACCUAAGCAGUCUUACAGGCUACCCAUGGCAGUGCUAUAUACUUGGGUUUGAAAGCAUGGGUAGACAUAUUUAUACAUGCAUAUAUAUGAAUUAGAUUUUAAUAGUAACAGACAUGUCUAUUUGAAGUGGAAUCUGGUUUUCUUCUAAUACCAGAUAAGGAGAGAGUGCUUCUUAAUAGCUAUCCUGUCUUCUUCUGUUACAUGCAGCCCCUCUGCCGACUUGUUUACACCGUCUUUUCAGCGUUAUGUCUAACCCAGACGAGCUCUGUAAAAGCAGCCGUUUCCUAUUCCGGUGGUAGCAGCGUUCGGGAGAUGCUGCAGACACAUUUUCCAAAGGAAACGAUAG